AUGAAAGAAUUCAAGCUCACACUUCGAAGAGACUCAGACACAAGCAAGGGUGGCAGAAAACGCAAACGUGUAGAUUAUGCUGGCAUGGGAGGGGGUCAGGAGGAUGACGCUGAUGGAGAUGCCGGAUCUGGUUCUGAUUCAGAUGGCGGUCCAUCAAAGAAAAAGAAGACAACGAAAGGGAAGAAAGUAAAAGGUAUCAACCUUGAAGGAAUGGGAAAGGGUAUUGGCCCAGAUGGCGCUUCACUCAUCAAAAUUGAUCGCAGGCGAUACGAGGUGGCAAUCAAAGAAGGUGGUUUGAAACGUCAAUUUCAUUUUCCAACAAUGCGAAGAGAUGGCCAAAAGAUUGAAUUCACUGCCACAAGGCAAGCAUUGGGAACUCGAUUAGGAAUGGAAAUUCCUCCUCGUCCAUUGCAUGAUCCUAUGGGUGCAAGCGCGAUUGUGCUUUUCGAUCCUACUGUUGAUGACAUUGAGCUGACUCGAGAGCAAGAUCGCUUGCAAAAGAUUCAAGCUGACGCCGAAGCAAAACUUACACAAGAUGAUAAAUCUUCGAGCGGUUCCAGCUCAAAGAAAGAGGAGCCUUCUCAAAAGCUGCAGCCCGAUCAGACUGUUCACAAGAAUUUGGCUGAUAUAUUAGGCAUUCGCCGAAGAGAUGCAAAUGCCAAACCUCCAAAAGUACCAGUCGUCAUUGAUCCCAGAUUAACAGCCAUUCUUCGUCCCCAUCAAGUCGAAGGUGUCAAGUUCUUGUACCGAUGUGCUACCGGACUUAUCCAAGAAGGUGCUUUCGGAUCCAUCAUGGCAGAUGGGAUGGGUUUGGGUAAAACACUACAAUGCAUCUCUCUUAUGUGGACCUUGCUCAAGCAAUCGCCCACUCCGGGCAAGCCAACGAUUGAAAAAUGCAUCAUUGCUUGUCCUUCGACGCUUGUACGCAAUUGGGCGAACGAGAUGACGAAAUGGUUGAAAGAAAAGGCGCCCGGUCUGUUAGUCAUCGAUGGUUCACAGACAAAAGAGCAAAUGAUCAUGUCCGUACAUCGUUGGUGUAAUGUACGUGGCAAAUCGGUCACGCAACCCGUUAUGAUCGUAUCCUACGAAACGCUGCGAAAUCUUGUGGAAGUGCUCGGUGAAGCAGAAGUUGGUUUGUUGCUGUGUGAUGAAGGACAUCGAUUGAAGAACUCGGACUCGUUGACAUACAAGGCUCUCGAUCAGAUCAAAGUGAAACGCAGAUGCAUUCUUUCAGGAACACCGAUUCAGAAUGAUUUGACCGAAUAUUUUGCUCUGAUUUCGUUUGCAAAUCCGGAUCUCCUUGGUGGCAGAUUGGAGUUUCACAAAAAGUUCGAAAAACCAAUUCUAGAAGGAAGAGAUUCUGAAGCCUCAAAGGCAAAACAAGAGCUCGGCGAUCAAAAGCUUAAAGAAUUGAGCGAAUUGGUCAGCAAGUUCAUCAUUCGUCGCUCCAACGAAUUGAAUACAAAGUACUUACCCGUCAAGUAUGAACAUGUCGUCUUUUGUCGAAUGUCUGGGUUCCAGCAGGAGUUAUACCGGUACAUGGCCGAAAAGGCAGCAAAAGGAGCUAAAGCAAACGGAGGAAAGACGGCGGGAUCUCUAAAAGCUAUUAAUGAGUUGAAGAAGUUGUGCAACCACCCCGACUUGUUGGAGGCUGAUAAUAUGGCUGGUGCGGAAAAGCUCUUUCCUCCAGGCUACAAGACAGGUGUUGGACGCUUUGUAGAUUUCAGCUUGUCAGGAAAAACAGAAGUUCUUCAACGCUUUUUGCAAACGAUUCGUCGAACUACGAAAGAUAAAGUUGUUCUCAUUAGCAAUUAUACUCAAACAUUGGACAUCUUUGAACGUAUGUGCCGACAAAAUUCAUGGAAAAGUUUCCGAUUGGACGGUACGAUGACCAUCAACAAACGUCAAAAGUACGUCGAUGAUUUCAACAAUCCUGACCGCGAUGAGUUCAUCUUCUUGUUGAGCAGCAAAGCUGGAGGAUGCGGUAUCAAUCUGAUCGGAGCCAAUCGUUUGGUCUUGUUCGAUCCUGAUUGGAACCCGGCAUCUGAUCAACAAGCAUUGGCACGUGUUUGGCGUGAAGGCCAAACGAAAGAAUGUUUCGUUUAUCGAUUCAUUGGUACAGGAUCGAUUGAAGAAAAGAUCUUACAACGUCAAUUAAAUAAGCAAGCAUUAUCGAAAUGUGUGGUGGAUCAAGCAGAGAAUCAAGAAAGACAAUUCACCGGAGAUGAUUUGCGCAGAUUGUUCAAGUACAAAGACAAGACGGAAUGCGAAACACAUGACACGAUCAAAUGCGGGCGCUGCAAAGAUGGCAAACAGACAACCAAAGCAAUGGCAAUGUUGAAUGAAGACGCAAGUACAUGGAAUCAUUACGGUCGUAACGAGUUCAAGAAUCUUCACGAUGACUUAUUACGAAACGAGCUGGCAUAUGAUAUUGUUUCUUUUGUGUUUCAAUUUUGCAGUGUGUAA